CGCAUACGCUUGAAAUAUAUAUAUUAAGUCCCUCCUUAAAAGAAAAUUAUAUUUUGUUUGAUAAUCGUGAAUAGAACGUAUUUUUGUGUAGUAAAUUAUUUUAAAAUGAAAUCUUUUAUAUUUGUGGUGCUAUGUUUACUUUCGUUUGCAAGAGGAAUUCCAAAUAACUUAAGCGCAAGGAUAGCACCAUCAGCUUUGGGACAAAUUGAUUUUGGAGUGUUACCUACAGAACUAGUGGAAAAGUUAACCGCCAAAUUUGAUAAUGAUGAUAUGCCUAGGUUAGGAGACAUUUCUGUACUUGUAAAUGAAUAUGCAGACAAAAUUUUUGAAAACUUACGGACCUAUAUAAACAAAAAUGAUCUUAACAAUUUAGCUAUACCAAACGCAACAUUAAAGUUGGAACCAACUGGUACGAUUGAUUUAAGAAAUGGACACUUGGCAGACCUUAACACGAUAGGUAGAACGGGAAAUGUCGUAGUUGACUAUUCUUCAGAUAAAAAAAGCAUUUGGAUUUCACUCCCAAUGAGUUUUGAGGAUAUUAAGUUUUUCUACGAUUACCAUACCAAAGUACUUUUCAUUAGUAUUCAUGGAGGAGUACAUGGUUCUGUAACGGAUAUCAAAGUCAACGCUCAAAUAAGUUUUGAUUUCAUUACUAAUCACGCUUUUCUUGAACAUUACGAUAUGAAGGAUUCAGGGAAAGUUAGCGUCACAUUUACUGGACAUCCACUUCUUGAUUGGUUAACAGAUGCACUAACUUCUGUUGUCACCACUUUCUUGGGUCAAGUUAUACUAAACGUUCUGGCCAAAUUUAUAAGAGAAACUUUGAGGGCCAUAAUUGAAAAUUUGAAUGAAAUUAUCGACAAGAUUCUUCACCAUUGAUAAUUAUUUUAUUGAUAUUAAAUUAUCUUUUAAUUUUAAUUUAACUUGUAAGAAUGUGUAACUAUAA